CCACCGUCGUGGUGGUUUGACGUGUCAGAACAGUCCUCAUUCAUAAUUGCAUCAACAGCUCUGAAUUCAAGUCUUGUGCUUAAAGAUGGCAUCAGCUAUUUUAAUCGCAUUUCUGAUUAUUUAUUCUGCUUCAACUUUCCUGACACAUCAUGCUUUAGUUGGCGCAAGUCCUCCAAUUGAAGAAGCAACGAAAUUAAAGGAAAAAAUAAAGAAAGGUACAAAAUUGCUAGAAGAGCUGAAUAUUGCACUAGACAGUAUCAAAGAAAACAUAAAGAAAGGAAUACCAAUUGACAAGAAAAAUCUAGAUAAGUUGAUUGAGAUAAAGGAUAGGUUUAAAAAUCUGCAAGUGGAUCCCACAGAUCUUUCCAAGGAACUACUGGAGAAUUUCAAAGAUCGCACCCUAGAGGCCUUUAGUCUGAUUCUCCAGGGUCUCAACAUGGGGCCGAUGCCAGCACUGGAAAAGCUGGAAGCGGGAAGCUUCGAGGAUCGACCACCCAGUGACGAACUUUGAGAUAAAAAUGCAGAUUCUAGGUGAGGAGAAGACAUAGAAACUUGUGCUACACAUUGUUCAUGUUUUAUCAUUAGAAUCAUGCUGUAACUGCUAUUGUUUGAAUGGUGCAUUCAUUUUUAUACUUUGUUCACAAUAUUAUUUAAAUGUUUCAUUAAAUUCUAAACACAUAUUA